GCGCAGCCGCUGCCCGAGCCGCAGCCGCAGCCGGAGCCCGAGCCGCGGGGCGGGCGCGAAGAUGCACACGACCCAGAAAGACACGACGUACACCAAGAUCUUCGUCGGGGGACUGCCCUACCACACCACCGACGCCAGCCUGCGCAAGUACUUCGAGGUCUUCGGCGAGAUCGAGGAGGCGGUGGUCAUCACCGACCGGCAGACUGGCAAGUCCCGGGGCUAUGGAUUUGUCACCAUGGCCGACCGGGCAGCUGCUGAGAGGGCCUGCAAGGAUCCCAACCCCAUCAUUGAUGGCAGAAAGGCCAACGUGAAUCUUGCAUACUUAGGAGCAAAACCAAGGAUCAUGCAACCAGGUUUUGCCUUUGGUGUUCAGCAGCUUCAUCCAGCCCUCAUACAAAGACCUUUCGGGAUACCUGCCCACUAUGUCUAUCCACAGGCUUUUGUGCAGCCUGGAGUGGUCAUUCCGCACGUCCAGCCCACAGCAGCUGCGGCCUCCACCACACCUUACAUUGAUUACACUGGAGCUGCCUACGCACAGUACUCGGCCGCUGCCGCCGCCGCCGCAGCUGCUGCCGCCUAUGACCAGUACCCGUACGCGGCGUCUCCAGCUGCUGCGGGAUAUGUCACCGCUGGGGGCUACGGCUAUGCAGUCCAGCAGCCAAUCACCGCCGCAACACCUGGGACAGCUGCUGCCGCCGCGGCUGCAGCUGCCGCCGCCGCCGCCUUUGGCCAGUAUCAGCCUCAACAGCUGCAGACAGACCGAAUGCAAUAGACCAGCCAUCUGAUCAAAGUUCAGUUGUUUUCUCUUUCCCCUCCCAAUUUCCCAAUUUUUAGUAGCUCAAAAGAGGGUUAACAAUGACUUAACAGCUUUAAAAAAAAAAAAAAAAAAGGAGCAGUGCUGGGGUGAAGCAGAAUUAUUUUUUGUACUAUUCCAUGGAAUGUUCUAGAUGAGAGAGAGGUGAGAAUGAGGGGGGAUGGGCGCAGUUUUGGAAUUCAAUCCCAAAGAGCCUGAGUACAGGAGCGGCCGCCACGGCGCGACGGCAGGAGAAACCUUGGAACUUCACUUUUGUAACAGGAUUUUAUUUUUGCUCUUUUUUAUAGUAUCAGGGAAGCAAACCGCCUUUUACCAGUUAGAAAUGCUAUUUGAAUCUAGUCGAACCAGGGAAUACAGAGUGAGCAUAUGUAGCUUGAAUUACCUUUAAAAGAAGAAUUUUUUUUAUACACACAAAAUGGGAAAAGCACUGAUUGUCAUUUUUAGCAGUCACUGGGGGCCUGGAGAACUUUUUUUCCAGAAGGAAGGUCGUGUUCUUACUAUCUCAGACAUGGGCAUCGAACAAUCACUCUAGGAGGGGGCAGUGGGCACAGUGGUGGACAGGCACCAAAGCUACUUUCUCAUCUGUCCCGUGGGCCAGUGGGACCGUGGAACAAAGUGAUGUGGAAUGAACGGGUGCAACAGCUGUACAGACAAUCAAUAACACACACAGUUCUGGAAAGAACACAUCACUUGUGCUUGUGUGAUGAGCUUGUCACAUUCUAAUCCCUCUCCCCAUCCUGUUUCAAUUUUGGGAAACUUGUAUCUGCUGGUGUCAGCAAUUCUGAUUCCUGAACAGGAUCAGGCUUCUACUACAACAGCCGUCUCUUUCUAUUUAUUGUGUCGACUCGUGGCUUCAGAAUCAAAGCAAGGCAAAGUUUGCAGACUCAACCCUUAAGAUCUGUCUUAAGGACGUUUAUUUUUUUUCUCCCUUUUUAAGUAAUUUUCCACUUUUUAGUAUCUAUUUCAGAGUCGUAUUUAAGACUAUUUAUUAGUGAAUACAGUACAUGAGACAACCAAGUUUCUGAGAUUACAGUUCUUCAAAGGGUAAUGAUAAUGUGGUUUAUACUGUGCCUUAAUAGUAAUGCUAUUUAAGAUAUUUAUUUUGAAGUUUUACUAUGCUGCACUCUAAAGAAAGGAACUUUAGAUGUGACACUGUAAAAUUAUGUAUUCAUCUCAUGGCAUAAAUUAUUUAGUAGGUCUAGAUGUAGCAUAUUAAAUAUUAACCUAUUCAACUAAAGAGGUUGGCUUGGAUUUAUUUAAAUUCAUAUGUGCACUGUAUAAGAGAGUACUCUUACAUUAACACAUUUUAGUUUAUUUUAGUUUUUAGGUUUUUUUUUUUUAAAAACAGGAUAUAUUGCUAGUUUCAUGCUUCCUUCUCUGAUUUUUGCUCAUGUAAAUCUCAUUUAUCAGUAAUUCACGCCUUUAACCCUCUUCUUAUGUAGUUUAUGUAGUUUUUAAAUGCUGCUUUACAUUUUUCUUCUGAAACUGCAAUACUUGCGAUUUUUACUCUUAAACUAAAUUGAAUACUAUUUUACACUGUAUUGGAUUUUUAUACUUGAACAAUUUCAUACAAGGGAAGACAGGUUAGCAUUUUUAUGGACUUUCUCCAUUAUCACUGGAUUUACUUUUAAGUAUUCCCAAACUAGACAGUGUUAUUAUGUAAUGUAGACAUGACUCUCCUGUGCAAAUUAUUUAUUCAUUGUGUAUAUUGCUUUAUAACAUUUCAGAUCUUCUAAUCUAUUCACUUGUAUUAAAUAUAAUUUUUAAAAACUUC